AUGCAGGGAGAGAGUAGUGAGAAUAGAGUAGAGGCGCAGGGGCCCAGUUCCUGCUAUGAGAGGGCCCUGACGGACCACUACCGAGUCCUGAGUGCCAUUGGGGAGGGGAGGUAUGGGCAGGUGGUACUAGCGCGCCAUCUCCUGACCUGGACAGAGGUGGCGGUGAAAGUGGUGCCAAAGACAGAGAGGAAGGAGAGCACGCUAUGCGAACGGGAGGGGUUGAUGGCCCUGGAGCACCGCAACAUGAUGCAGCUCUUCCAGGUCAUCGAGACCCCAGACAACAUGUAUCUGGUCAUGGAGCAUGCAGGUGGGGGAUCUCUCCAGUGUCACAUCCCACAGCCUGGUGGCCUCCCAGAGGAGAAGGUCCGCAGAGUUUUCAGGGCGAUGGUGCGUGUCCUGCAUCACUGCCACCAGCAGGGCUUCGUGCACCUCGACGUCAAGCCACAGAACUUCCUGGUGGAUACCAGUGGCCACCACCUCAAGCUCAUCGACUUUGGCCUUUGCAUGAGUUUCACACCUGGGCAGAAGCUAAAGGAGUUCCGGGGCACGCUCCCAUACUGCGCCCCCGAAAUCCUGAAAAGGAUGGAGUUCGAGCCCCCCCCCGCGGACGUCUGGAGCCUGGGCGUCACCCUGUAUUUUCUCCUCACUGGGAAAAGGCCAUUCAGGGCGAGCACCAAGAAGAGCCUGCGGAGGCGGAUCUUGCAGGGAAGCUUCCACAUCCCGGGGCAUGUGUCCCAGGGAGCGCGCAGCCUCAUCCUGCAAAUCCUCAGGGUGGACCCCAGGCAGAGGCCCACCCUAGAGCAGGUAAUGGGGCACCCGUGGCUGAGCCAGGCUGAGGACCCCUCACCCAGUCGUCCCAGCCAGCCACUCCCCAGGCAGCAGCCAGACCCCACCAUCCUGACCCUCAUGUUCGACAUGGGUUUCGACCCCUGUACUGCCUGGUUGUCCCUGGCAAAUCGCCAGUUGAUGAGGCCAUGGCCACCUACCUCCUCCUCCAGCACCAGAGACGCCAGGGGGCGGGCUGCGGGCUCUGGGCCAGGAAGCCUGUGGCAGCGGCCCCAGGAGGCCUGGCCCUCAGGGCAGAAGGGCGCUGCGCCAAGUGCCAGCGAGCCCGCCAUUCCUCUCCGCUUGCUCGACGUGAGGACACCCCCUCCCAGUGCAGCCCCCCAGCAGGACCAGGGGCCCCAGUGGCGAAUGUACCUCAGGCCCAACACUCGAACCUGGGUGGCAGAAGGCGGCAGCUCGGCCUCCCAGGAUCUGUCCACUGGGCAGGCCCAGGAGAGAAGCAGGGGCUGGAGGGGGCUCACCAGGAGGAUGGCCACCUGCCUGCGCCAGCUCUGCUGCUGCAUGCCCUGCUUCCAAGGGCCCGCGGCCCAAAGAAGAGUGGCUCCGAUGGCCGGAGGCCACAGACCCCCUAGGUUCCUCUUCAGAGUGGCCCCAGGGCACGUGCCCUCGUGA